AUGGUGAAGCCAGGGGCCAGCAUCUCCGAGAAGCCCGAAAAGGAGCAGCGUGGAGGCGAUGAUGACUUCGAUAACGUUCCCUUGAUAACCCCGCUGGAUGCCAGCCAGCUGCAGCAGCCCUUCCCGGACAAGAUGAUUGUCAAGACCCGGACAGAAUAUAAGCUGCAGCAACAGCAGCAGAGGAAGUUAUACAUCCCGGGGAUUAAAAAGCUGAAUGUAAACCUCUACGAUGAGGUAGCAGAAAAAGUCAAGCUCACGGGGCUCAUUCUCGUCACCAUGGCCUUCCUCGCCUGCCUCCUCAUGCUCGUCAUGUACAAGGCGCUGUGGUACGAGCAGCUGAGCUGCCCCGAGGGCUUCGUGUUCAAGCACAAGCACUGCAGCCCAGCCGUCCUCGAGAUGUACUACUCAGAGCAGGAGGCAGGACCUCAGGGAAGUCUCUACAUGGCCAUCAACCACUUUAGCCAAGGCAAGAAGAGUACCCCAGAUCAGCCAUCCCCAUGGAUGCCAGCAGUCGGUUCCCUGAAGGAGGUGGAGAAUGUCAAAGAAGUGGCAGGAGGCCAGCAGGAGUAGGGCAGGGGUCCAGCGCACGUGCCAGCUCUUGCUCCGGGGAGCAUAACUCCGUCAGCACCAGUCCUGUUACCAAAGCCAAGCAAGCAAAAGACAGCCUUGAAUGGGCACRGGGCUGGAAUGAAGCGUUCAUGGUGUCCUGUGGGAUCUCUUUGUUCCCCACCCUUCUCCCGUCAGUUGGAACAAUGUUGUCCCAAUGGUUAUUGUCUCCGUUUUCCCUGUCCGUGUCCGUAGCUGCCAGCAGGCAGGAUCACGCCAUAAAACCCUCUGCCGCUCGUGGUUUUCAGCUUCUCCACGGACCAUUCGAAUGGAGCGGGUCAUGGCCCACCCGUGCCAAGCACCACGGCUGUCUGCAUGUGACAGCCGCCUCCAGCUAUGAGCACCACGAGGGCUCUUGCUUCCUCAACAGCGUGGCUUCAGUUUUGGUUGCUCUCUUUUGGGUUUUGCAGCUGCUAGUUGGCCAAGAUCAGAAGAAGAAAGAUGCAAAGCUAAAAAUUACUUUGUUUACUUCCAGGGCUUCUAGAUAGGGUCUUGUCUUUUUAUUUAUUGUUGUUUGAAACCUUGACGUGGGUGUGCUAUAGCUGGCCUGCACUCGUGCUCCCCGCUCCUGGCUAGGCCUUGUGUUUGCCCCUCGACGUUUCAGCAAUGGUGCUUUCCCCCAGUUGUGUGUUUCUCGAGAAACUGUGAUCCUCAAGGUGAGCGCUGGCAGGGUUUUUCUGGAGAGCCAAAAUGAACGUGAGGAUGGGCAGCUUUUCUGUAAGCGACAAUAAAUGUGUGCUCUUGUCCCAGCUCGCUUGUCUCUCUGCCGGGCGCGUUCGCUUGACCCGCGUCCCCGUUGACCCAGCCCCACUUGCAGAGGAAUUGCUUGCGGAGGAAAGGCUGCUGGAAAACAAUGCUUUUCUGGGGCUUGUGAAUCUCUCCUGUGGCAACUAACUGCAGUCUUCUCAUCCCCCCUCGGAGAAGGGUUUAGUAAUCCCUUCAGUUGUUGCUCUUCCUGGCUUUUACUGUACCCCAUCCUCCAUCACUUUGACAUUUUUCACCGGGGAGCAUCCUAGGACAUAGAAACUGGUGACCCUGGACCAAGGGUAAUGGU